AUGUCUGCAAACAAAACCAAACAGCCGGCCGCGGAUAAGAAUGCGAAAGAUAAGCCCGCGCAGAAGAAAGAGCUAAAGAUACUUAUGCUCCACGGCUAUGCCCAGACCGGCCCUUUGUUCCGGUCGAAGACGGGCGCCAUGUCCAAGCUGAUAGCCAAGGCGCUGCCCGAUGUGAACGCGUCACGCAUCUACCCGACCGGCCCGCAACGGCUACAACCUUCCGAUAUCCCGGGCUUCCAGCCCCGCGAAGGCGCCGAAGGCGAGGAGAUACCCGAGACCUUCGGCUGGUUCUACCAUGACGAGGAGGCCGGCCCCUACCGCGGCUUCGACGUGGGCAUGUGCGCCAUCGCCGAUGCCAUCAAGGAGGCCGGUGGCGUCGACGGCGUCCUCGCCUUCAGCCAGGGCGCCGCCGUCGCCGCUCUCGUCGCAGCGGCCAUGGAACCCGACCGAGCGCUGCCCGAGGACGAGGCGCAGAAGGCAUGGGUAUUGCGGCUGCGCGAGGCCAACGCGGGCAAGCCGCUGAGAUUCUGCGUCUUGUACUCGGGCUUCAUCGCGCGGCCCGGCGCAGGCGUCGGCUGGCUGUAUGAGGGUGGUAUCAAGACGCCGACGUGCCACUUCUUCGGCAGCCUGGAUACCGUCGUCGAGGAGGACAGGUGUAGAGCCCUCGCGGACCUCUGCGUUGAGCCUGAGGUCUUUGUGCAUCCUGGGGGACACCACGUGCCUGUGAGGAAAGAGUGGGUGGCCCCGCUGACUGGCUUCCUGAAGAACGUGCUUGAGAAGGAGGAGAAGGCUGCGGCAGCAAGUGCGACAUAUUGA